AUGACCAUCGCCCGCCGUUUCACGCAAAACAUGUCGGCAAUUGGUAGAACUUUCUUGGCAGACGGUCGCGACCUACCGAUCGGGGCAUCUACAGACAUGGACAUUGCAGGCAAUGUCUGCUAUGAAGUCCCGAGUUUCCAUGGUUUCUUCAGUGUGGGUCCAGAGAUCCCGGGGGCCAGUCCGCAUAAUCCAGAAUUUGCGAUAGCGGCUGGAACGAGGUCUGCUUACUUAUUAGCCAUGGACAGUGCAAAGGGGAUGGCGAUGACGGCGUAUGAUAUUCUGUCGGAUGAUGAGGUUGCAGCUGAGGCGUGGGAGGAGUUCAGGAAUGAGUUCCGGCAAUGA